AUGGAGGUCUUGGACAUUGACCAGGAUUGCUUCCUAGUUAAACUCAGCAAUGAACAGGAUUACUUCAGAGCCCUUACAGAUGGUCCCUGGACAAUUUUUGACCACUACUUGGCAGUGCAGCAAUGGUCUCCGAGCUUCAAGGUCUCUGAUCCCCUCCCGAGAAAGAUGAUCGUCUGGGUUCAAUUUCCGGCGCUGAAAGUUCAUUUCUAUCAUAAAGAAAUCCUGACUUCCCUCGGCAAUCUCCUUGGAAGAACGAUUCGCCUGGAUUUCCAUACUUUGAACCUUCAACGAGCAAAGUUCGCGAGGAUAGCGGUCGAAUUGGAUCUGUCCAAGCCUUUAGUCCCUCGGAUUUGGCUGGACGAUGCCUGGCAGAAAGUCGAGUAUGAAAACCUCCCCGAUGUGUGCUUCGAAUGUGGGAAAAUUGGGCAUUCCUCAGUGCUCUGCCCCAAACUGCAAUUACAGACCCCUCCGUCGACACUGGCUAUUACCGGCGGCGAGACUCCGGUCAUCGAAGCAGAGAAGGGAGAGGCGGAACCAGCUCCGGGUUUCGGGCCCUGGAUGCUCGUUUCCCGGAAGACAAGGCGGAAUUCGCGGGAGCCUUCACAGAAAGGGAAACCGGAUUCUGUCUCGAAGAUCGCCAACGGUAGUAUACCAGCUAAACAAGGAAAGCAUGAAUCGCUGCAGAAGGAAGGGGGAAGAGCUUCUCCGAUAUCCCCGCAGACCACCCCUGAUUCACCCCACCGAGCGCCCAUUCAAGAAAGGAAAGGGGCGGCAGGAAAGAAACAAGCAGGAGAGAAGAAAGGAAAGGAACCAGUCUCAGCAGAGGCUAGGGUUGGGGGAAAAGGCCUCUUGGGCCCUAUCCCGGGCUCUGGCCUGCCCCUGGGUAAUGGGCCAAAGGCCAAGGCCGACCAGGCCCAAGCCUCGACAUCUAACAAGAGUCCGCCUAAGCCCACUGCCGAAUCCAAACCCAAAGCUCAAGCCACAAUUCUGCCAGAAUUAAUUCCCCCCGUGGAAAAUUCAGCCGCCGGGACCGAGAGGAGUAAAGUGACGCCGCCGGCCGUCCAAACGGUGACGGGCGUGAACGGUACUAUAAUGCAAAUUGUUAAUCUUCCACCCAUUCAGAAAGAAGAUAAGGAAACCAAACUCGCCCAGACCCCAUCAGCAAAAGCCAGGACGAAACACAACAAGCCUCGGAAGAUGGAGCCUCGGAGAACGCCGACAAAACUUAGUCCGACGAAGGGACUGCAAAUCUGGACACCGAAAAAAGAGCGCAAGACCAAAUCGAGAGCCAGGAUCGCGAGCCUCACCUUGCAGGAGAUAAAUGCCUGGACUAAUGCUGCUAAAGAGGCGCCAGACAAGCUCUCAGGAGGAAAUCCCGUAUCACAGGCGGAAAGAACUAUGACAGAUACUAGUUUGGCCGAACCCGACGGCCUAACCCAAUGA